AUGGCAACUGCACGUCUGCCUUUCCUGUACCCGAAUUUCCUGCGUGCUGUGCGUGCGUGUGAGCCCACCACCUACCAUUCCAUUCGGGCCCCUCCGCCAGCUGCGGCAAAACCUCGACGCAAAGCGAGACUGCAUACCUCUGCAUGCCGCCAGCAAGAUACCUUUUCCCAGAGGUACGGGCCCGCCGCCUCUCAGAACCUCCCGCCUCCGUCAAACCCUUCGGAAGUGGCGAGUUCGCAGCAACAAGCCAAGGAACAGGAAAAGGGAAAGAACGACAAGUCCAAAGAGAGCAAAGAAUCAUCCCAAUCGCGGUCUGUGAAAGAUGGCCCCACGGCAGAAGAAGUCGGGCAAGAUGAGCCCCAAGCGUCAAACGCCACGUCCGACUAUAUUGAUGAGGCAUCCCUGCGCACAAAGAACCAUAAAGUCAAUGUCCAGGAGGAGAAGCCUCUAGACAACAACGAACUGGACCUGAUACUCGCGAUCCCCUCGCCGUCAGAAGUCAAGGGAAAAGACGCGCCCAAGCACCCCCAUCUCGAACCGUCUCCAUAUGAACAUCAUUUCGACACGUACUCGCUUGUCCAACAGCUAGCAGCGAAGGACGCCUACACCGUCGACCAGGCCAUCACGCUGAUGAAAGCCAUCCGGCUCAUGCUGUCGCUGAACCUCGAUGUCGCGAAGGAAGGCCUCGUCUCCAAGUCCGACAUUGAGAACGAAUCGUACCUCUUCCGCGCCGCCUGCUCCGAGCUGAAGACCACCCUGCAAAGCACGCGCCACUCCGAGACGCUCAAGCAGCGCAGCCAACGGGCACAGUUGCAGCACGAGUACGACAUUUUGAACCAGAAGGUGACGCAAGACCUGAUGACGCUCAAGGAGGAGUUGAAAGGCCUGUUCAACGAUCGCAAACUGGGCCUGCAGGAGGACAAGCGCAAGAUCGACAGCAAGAUUUCGGAACUCAACUAUGAAAUCACGGUGCUUCUGAACAGUGAAGCCCGGAGCGAGGUCGAGGGGUUGCGGUGGGUGUUGACCCGACGCGCGGCGUUGGCGAUUGGGUUCUGUGCUUUCAUGAUCAUAUCCGCCCUGAAUUACUCCUCGAUCAAGAUGCGCGAGAAAGAAGAGGCGGAGAAGAGACGCAAGGCUGCCGCGAAGGACGAAAAGGAACGCGAGCAGCAGUUCCAGCGCGAGCAGGCCAACUACCCGGGGCUGAGUCGGUCGCAAGGGACGCAGACGGAUGAAAUGGGAGUGGUCACCGAGACCCUUGGUUGA